GGGGCUGGAGCUGGGGGGUGAUGUGCUGCAGCAGCUGGUGGUGCUGCCCAACGGCUGUGUGGAGCAGAACAUCUUCAGAGUGACGCCCAACAUCCUCCUCACCCACUACCUGGAUGCCAUGAGGCAGUGGCACCGUAUCGGGGUGGAUCACCGGGACUGCACCAUCCAGCACAUCCUACAUGGCUAUGCCAGGCAAAUGCAGUACCGCGAGUCGGAUGGCUCCUACUUCCCCUACAGAGGCAGCACUGGCAGCACCUGGCUCACUGCCUACAUCCUCAAGGUGUUCACCAUGGCCCACCUGCUGGUGAACACCAUAGACCUCCAGGCCCUGUGCUCCAGCGCUGCCUGGCUCAUCCGCAAGAAGCAGGGCUCUGAAGGCCACUUCUUUGAGAACGCCCCCAUCUACACCCCAGCGAUGCAGGGCGGAUACUUGGGCUCUGAGCAGCAAACUUCCCUCACUGCCUUUAUCCUCAUCGCACUCAAGGAGGCUGAGCUGAUGUGUGCUGGGCAUGUGCAUCCUGCAGCGAGCCCAGUGCUUCCUGGAAAAGCACCUGGGCAGCCUGACCCAGGCCUACAGCGUUGCCAUCAGCUCCUACGCCCUGACCUUGACUGGACACACUGGCCCACAAAUGAGCAGGACUCUGACUCCCUGACAACUGUGGAGGCCACUGCCUAUGCCCUCCUGCAGAAGGUGAAGCUGGGGCAGCUGGAGGAGGCCCACGGCAUUGCCCGCUGGCUGGUUCAGGCCCGCGCCUAUGGUGGUGGAUAUGAGAGCACCCAGGUGAGAGCCCUCUGCCCCCCAGGGCUGCUCAGGGACACUCACAGUGUGCUGGCUGGAUCUCAGUUGCUCCUGGGUGCCUGGAGCCCCCCCUGCCACACCAAGGCCCUGCUGGGGGCAACAGGGCUGGGGCAGGAUGGACCAGGCCCUAGUCAGGCCAGCAAAGGGCAGCAGGGCCCAGACGCUGCAGCGAUGGUCUCUCCCGCCCCUCAGACCACAGUAGUGGGGAUGCAGGCACUGGCUGGGUACCAGCUGGCACUACCCCCCCAGCCCGCUAUGGAGCUGAGGGUGCAGGUGAGUGCUCCCAAGCAGCAUGUGACCGAGCACUGGGCCAUCGAUGCCUCCAAUGCCUACCUGAGCCGCACCAGCACCAAGAAGUUCUUGGCCCAGAACACCCUGGAAAUCAGCGCCAAUGGGAUGGGCAUUGGCACGGUGACGAUGCUGACGGUUUACUACACACUUCCCACGGAGAGGGAAGGCACCUGCCAGGCCUUCCACCUGGACGUGGCUGUUCAGGACACCCCCAAAGACAAGAAGAAGCGGAACUUUAUAGACACCUUCUGGCUCAGGAUCCGUGCCAGGGCGCAGGGGGGGCGAAAUGCCACAAUGACCAUCGUGGACAUCUCCAUGCUCACUGGCUUCUACCCCGACCUGGACGACCUCAAAAAGCUUACCAAUGUGGUGGAGCAAUACAUCUUCCUCUAUGAGACCAAGUCUACGCUCAGCAACAGCUCCGUCAUCCUCUACUUCAGUGAGAUGUCCAGUGAAGAAGAGGUUGAAAUCUGGUUCCGCAUCCACCAGCAUGUGGAGGUGGGGCUGCUGCAGCCGGCUGCUGUCACCGCCUCACGGCGCUGCAGCCGCUUCUACAACCUGCCAGCACAGAGUGGGCAGCUGAAGAAGAUCUGCCAGAAGGAGGUCUGCAAGUGUGCUGAAGAGAACUGACCACAGCUGCAUUCUAGCAGUGGAGUCAGCCAACAGGACCUCAUGGAGGCAGCCUGCUACGCCAGGGUUGACAAUGCCUACAAGGUGCAGCUGGAGCAGCACACAGCCAAGGACAGCUACGUGUACUACACCAUGAGGGUGCUAGAUGUCAUCAAGAUGGGCACGGACAUGGACGCGAGUGGCCAGCCCCGGCGCUUUGUCUUGCACGCGGCCUGUGAGGAGCUGCUGGGCCUACAGGAUGGGGAGCAGUACCUGGUCAUGACAUCGGACUCAGACCUGUGGCUCACACAGGACAGCUUCACUUAUGUCCUGGGCAAGAAAAGCUACAUCCUGGCCUGGCCGCAGCAGGGGGAGGUUGGACACCAGGCGCUGGCAGGAGCCUUGGAUGACUUCUCCAACCACAUGAAAACUGUGGGCUGCAGCACCUAGGGUGGCUGGACCCCUGUCCCCGCACACCCCACGAGGCUGCUGAGCCUCAGGGGUGGGGACCCCAGACGCGCCCCGCCUGCCCCAAGAUGCCCAAUAAAGCCUUGCUGUGCCA